AUGCUCAGUGUGUAUAUUCACCCAAAUGUCGAUAGCGCAAUUCCAGCCGAGCAUGUAUGGCUAAAACACCACCUUAAUGCACUGGAGCAGCCUCAAUGUCGGACAGCUAAUUACGUACUUAGGAUGCGCAAUCUCUCAUACGAGCAGCGAUUGAAACGUAACGAGGUAUUCAGCGGAGGGCAUACGUGGCAUAAUAAUAAUAAUACUGAUAAUAAUAAUAAUGGCAUACUUGACUCCGCACGACCCACAUCAAGGGUGACGUCACUUACUGCA